CAACGAAGACGGCAUAAGCUCCGGAAAUCAAACAGGAACACGAUGUGCUUCCUCCGGGUUAUUAACUGGUUCCUUCCACUCGCUUGGAUUGGCUUACUAAUUCAAAUCGCCAACUGUUCGCUGGCUAAUCCUACGCCAAAUCCCACGCAGGUGCCAACGCCCCACACUUUCCGCUUCCAGAAUCCGCUGCAGUGCCUCAAGAACGAGUUCUACAACCUCAACUUAUUCGAUUGUGUGCCUUGCAAUGAGGUUGCAUCCGGAGAUGGGGGUCUGGGAAAACUGCAGCCCGACAAAUUCUCUUGCCAGUGUCCAAUUGGUCACCUUUCCAUCUAUGAGCGAGGGAAGACGUGGCCCACCUGCGACGAGAUUUGCAGCCCGGACAGGAAUGAUAAUUGCACCUCGGUGUGGCUUCCGCAGCCCCGUCCCUCAACAGAAUGCAGCUAUCGGUACCUCAACUCCACGUCGGUCUUCGCCAGCCAGUUGCCUGUGCAUCCGCUCAUUUCCGGGAUUAUUCUGACCAAGACCAAUCCGAUGAGCAGCGUGGGCGAUUGCCAUUCCUGCGAAAUGGGUCACAAUUUCCGGUACCAGGAUUUCUGCUUGGCCAGCACCCUGCUCCGUCCGUAUCUGCACUACAAUGCCUUCUGGCAGUCCACCACAAGUCCCAGACCGGAUUCGGGUGCACCCAACCACUUCGGUGACCUCAAGUUCGUGGCCUUUUUCUGCCUAACCCUGCGAAACGAUACCGCCUGCCAGCAGCUAGCCAAUCUCUGCGUGCUCUCGCACUUUUCGCUGGAGAAGCAUUCGCCGUGCAGUGCCUUCCUGCUCACCCAAGUAUCGGAUGUGGUGAUGAAGUAUGCCCACUCCGGCGAGCAAGUGCGCUCCCUGCAACCGUUUCUGUUCUACAAGAAGGGGCGCGUUACCAAGGACCUGCUCUCGAAGACUCUCCAGAUGGCGGAUCGCAAGGAACUCCGACUGUUCAGCACCACUUUUAGCCUGGAUGGCGGACUCAAACGGUGGGGUGCUUUCCAUCUGGAGAUGCUAAACUUAUGCCCGCAGCCGGCACCCAAUUUGCUAUUGGCUUUGCCCAAAAAGGACUCGGAGGUCUUUUGCCAUCUAACUCUGGAUCGACUUAUCGAUCUAGCCAGCCGGAAGGCUAACGAUGAGUUCCUCACGGUUUACCUCAACUUCAGCAGCAACUGGCAGUAUCUGCUUCACCAGCUUCCCGUCCUCAUUGAAAACCUGACUCCGGAGAAUCAGCGCCCCCAGCCGGAGGAGUGGCAAUUGGUGAAGCGUUUCCAGCUCAUAUCCGUCUCACCGCGGGAUAAUCGCCUCCACCAGACAUUGCCACGCUACGAGGAUGGCCACAAGCUUCAGUUGUAUAACUCGUUGCGUUAUGCGGAGGAUAUAGAGGUGUACUAUACCCUGGAUAAGGAUCAUCCGGAUAGAGUGGGUCUGCCCCUCAUCCGCCUGCGCUACCGCCGCAUUGAGAUGGGAUCGGGAAAUGCCUCGCUUUCCCAGCCUUAUCCAUUCCGCUUGAGGAUUAGUUACGAGCAAUUGAAAAGAGGCUGGGACUGGUUGGUUCUGGAGGUGGCGUUGCCCCUGCUCCUGUUGCUGGCCCUCGCAGCUGCCGUCUUCCGUCUUCAAAAUUUGCGGAGGAGAAGGAAAUCCGACCUUUGCCAGAUGAGCAGCCUUCUGGAGUUUCUUCUACAGCUUGCCGGGAAUGUGGCCUACGCUUUACUGGCCACCGCUCUGCUGCUCCUGCUCCUUCAGGCCUCCAAUCCACGCCUGCUGAAGUUUCUCCUCUAUCCCGCCUGUGUGCUGCAGUUGGUCUUCCUGGGCGUUCAGCUGUGGCGCUCCAGCCAGCUGGAACUGUUCCUCAUCGACUGGGAAAGACCGAGGAGCAGUUGCGAGGGCCAGCGGCUGAACCUGGACAGCUCCUCCCUUUGCUCCAGUGUGCGCACCUUUGUCGCCGAGAGCAGCGUCUCCGCCUGGCGGGUGCUCUUCACGGCCAAUGCCUGGAUUCGCCUGAGUGUGAGCCAGAAGUACUCCACAUUGGGUCAAGUCUUUGUGGUCAUCGCUGGCUAUCAGUUUCUGGAGAGGUUUACCGGGGAUUUCGGAUUGCGCUGCUGCUUGAUAGCCGCCCUUUAUCUGGUCACGUAUCUGGUUCAAAUAAUAGGCCACCAUCUGCUCAUGGCCAAUCCUCUGCAGAAGUUCAUUGACCUCUGCAGUCUGGCCAACAUCUCGUUGUUCUCGCUGACGGAGCCCGGUUUUGGCUACUACAUUCACGGACGAUCCCCACAUGGCUUUGCCGAUACGGACAUGUCCUCAAUGAUUCUGCAGCUUCAGAGGACGCAGACUAUGAGUGGCCGACGGGGAUUGCUCAUGGAUUCGGAUAAGCAGGCCUACAUCAUCCUGCCACCCAGGAGUCUUCACAUUUACCUGGAGCGGCUCCUUCUGCCCUUCCAAAGAAGCCUCAACGGCAGUCUUUCGCAGACCCUUCUCUACCAGAAGGAUAUCGUCCCCAGCAUCGAUGGCCAGAUGGAACGCACCUCCAUUGCAUAUGCUAGCGUCAAUCGCUUUUUCUGCGCCUUUAUUGAUCAUGCCAUCAAGGACAUGGACUACAUAAUAAAGGAAAAGUCCUUUAUGGAGCAACUGCUCAAUUGCGAAAUCGACAACUACAUUACUGAAAAUAAAGGAACAUUCUACAUCGACGAUUCGUUUAGCUUCUCCCGAGUUCUUCUUUUGGGUAACCAUUUGCAUAUCUGUGUGCUCGAGCUGCUCUUGCUGCUAUCCAUCUUCCUGAUGACUUCAAGCUUGUUGAUUGCAGCUGCUGCAGCUUGUGUGUUAAAUAUUUUGCUGCGCCAAGUGUUUCGCCAUUGGGUUCGACGCAAUGUCUCCCGCAAGACACUCAUUGACGAAAGAUUCCUCUUGUAGCCCCCAUGCGAAGAGCAAUAUCUGCGGGAGGAUGGUUUCUUUGCCAUAUGAAUAAAAUCAAUGGAGUACA